GCUGUCGCCGGUUUGCCGUUCACACCUGCCACUCUUUUGCCCUGACGGCUGCCACCACUACCACCACCGCCGCCAUUCACCGUGCCGUCACCCACCAUUGUUCGCUCUCUUGCACUUACUUGGUCUUCUCUUGGCCCCUUGCCAGCCCUUCUCUUGCGCCCUCGUUGUCUUUCGUCAGCCCCGCCCUUAUUUACUAAUAUCCCCCCACUUCAACAUGAAGCUGUCCACUCUGCUGUUUCUCGUGCCUUUGGCUAGUGCACGGGUUAUUCGGCAGGCACACCAAGUACCCAUUGUCGACAAGGCCACAGGCGACACAGCCAGCGUCGAGGAUAAAACCACGCACGCUUCGCCCACGAUUGGCCUUCACUUUACAACGUCACAUGCCGUGGCCGCCGCUCAUUACCAAAAUGGAACAACCAGGGAUCUUGUCAGGAUGCAAGGAGACGCCGACUAUCAAGAUCUGAUGCGGCGGUGGAUGUCCUCUGGCUCCGGCUACACUGGACCACUCGAACCCAGCGAUGAAAUGGUCUUGUCCGGCUUCAUGAUCCGACUUCACCGAGCCAUCGAGACGGAGCUGGAUGAUUCCGUACAACAAGCCGCAUUAGCCCUAUCCCCCCAGGCUCCCAGGCUUCAACGGAAAUUCCAGAAAGCCAUGGUAGCUGCAGGACUUGCUUCGUCCGACGACAGCGCCGUACUCUACGAAGAAGCAAUGGCCACCCACGCCGCUCUCAAGCCUGCAUCCUCAUGCACCACACAAUCGAAAUCAGAACAUCUGCAACAUGUUCUCUUCCUCGCCUUCGACGACGGCGCCUUCAGCGCAAGCAUGCACGAAUACACCUGCAGAGACUACGCAUCACAAGGACACAUAAUCAACCGCAGCAUACGCUCUGAUCUCGGCUGGUGGCAUCUCCCCAUGUACGACGCGCCACGAGCAAAAUUCUGGUCCCAGGUGAAGCAAAGCAUCGCACUUAUUCUAAGCCCGCAGGGCAAGGCGCCAGGUAGAAUCGUUCUCCUAGGCAGUCACGGUGCAGACGCCGAAUUCAAGAGCAGAGUCGAGGAGGCUCUUUGGGACGAGCUGGAAAUGGACGUUAGUGGCAUGUUAAGUGUUAAUGAGCGAGGGGACAGCGAAUGGCUGGCUGCAAGGGGUGCAGCAGAACUAGCAUCGAGGCAUGGUGAAAAGAAAUACGCUGCAUGAAGCUAAUUAGGAAACCCCUCUCACCGUUCUUGGGGAAAGAAAGGAACAGAAAAAAAAGAGAUACCCAUGAUAAUUUUGUCUAGUUCUAAAAAAAAGGAAAGAAAGCAUAAUGAACAUUGCAGCAAAUAAAAAUAAUACUAGAUCCAAAGGACAUACCACCCACGAAAUGUAUACCAAAAUAAUAUGAAGCAAAUACCAAACAACAUAGUAACACUUAUGCAAACGACC